ACCUCAAUUUCUCUCGGUAUCGUGCUCUGAAAGCGUGCAUUUUUCUGAAAGAAAGGAAAUAUUUUACUACUUCGGUUUGUUUCUAACUUAAAGAAAUGGUUAGAAUUACAGAAGAACUAAUUCGCAAAAGAUCAGAACACAAUGAAGGGGAAAUAUCCACUUUAGAAGAGAUAAGCCUACAUCAAGAAGACAUUGAGAAGAUUGAACACAUUCAGAAUUGGUGCCGAAAUCUUCAGAUACUUCUUCUGCAGUCAAACUUAAUUGCUCGAAUUGAAAAUCUUUCAAAACUGAAAAAGCUUGAAUACUUGAAUUUGGCACUGAAUAACAUAGAGCUAAUAGAAAAUCUUGAGGCAUGUGAAUCAUUGCAGAAAUUGGAUUUGACUUUAAAUUUUAUUGGACAGCUUCAAACAGUCGAUUCUCUGAAGAAUAAUAUUCAUUUACAUACCCUAUAUCUGACAGGGAAUCCCUGCACUGACUACAAGGGCUAUCGCCAGUUUGUUGUAGCAUCUUUACCACAGCUCAGACAGCUUGAUGGGACUGACAUUGAAAGGUCAGAAAGAAUUUUAGCAGUCCAGGUUUACAAAAAUGUGAAAAAAUCUAUAGAACUGGAUCAAAAACUAUACCAAGAAAAAAGAGAGAAGCAGAAGCAAGAUAACGAGCUGAAAGCAAAAGAUCAUCAGUGGUCUCAACCUGAAUGUUAUGAAGAUCCAGAGAAGGUCAAACAAUUUUGGUCAGAAACCUGUGAUCACAGCCCUGAAACUAGAGUCCAUUUGGCAUUAGAAGCGAGAAAGAGCAACAACAACAAGGAUUUGAGUAAUAAUGAUUUUAAAAAUGAGCCAGCAUGUGUUAAUCUCUUUGACAAAGAGGGGAAACCACGUAAUGUGAAUGAAGCCAAGGUUCCAUUUACACUCAAAGAGGAAGAUGGAUGUUACAUAUUAGACAUUCCUGUCUUCAGACAUUUGGACACAGCACUCAUAGAUGUUGAUAUUCAGCCACAGUACGUUACGGUGUUAAUCAAAGGGAAAACAUUGCAGCUAACGUUGCUUAAUGAAGUAGAGAUUAAUAAUUCAACAGCCAAGCGGUCACAAGCAACUGGUCAUUUAAUCAUUACAAUGCCUCAGGUAUAUUUAAAUAUUAGAUAUUUUGUCACCCAACAUAUCACUCUUUCAUCAAGUCCAACCCUUCCAGUUUUGUUAACAGUCAAUGGUAUGAUUAUGUCAAAGAAGAAGCAACUGAAUAAAAAGAACAGCACUGAAACUACUCCAUCACUUACUCAAAACAGCAAAAGAGAACUCCUUGAAAUUGGACCUCCUCCACCAUUGGAUUUUGCCAAUAUUGUAAAUAUCAAAGAAAGAAAAACGUCACUGUUGGAUACUACAUGUUAUUCUUCAAGAUUCACGCUGCAAGAAAAAAAACCACAAGAAGAUUACAUUGAAGAUCCUGAUGUACCGCCUCUAGAAUAA